CGGGAGUUGUCUCGGUCAGCGAGCAUCCGAGACUGGUGUGCGUCAUGCAGUUGAAGCACCUGAGGACCCUGCUGAGCCCUCAGGAUGGAGCUGCGAAGGUGACAUGCAUGGCCUGGUCCCAGAACAAUGCUAAAUUUGCUGUCUGCACAGUGGACCGAGUGGUACUUCUGUAUGAUGAACAUGGGGAACGGAGAGACAAGUUCUCCACCAAACCAGCUGACAUGAAGUACGGCAGGAAGAGCUACAUGGUGAAAGGCAUGGCUUUCUCUCCUGAUUCCACAAAAAUUGCCAUUGGACAGACUGACAACAUCAUCUAUGUCUACAAGAUUGGAGAAGAUUGGGGAGACAAGAAAGUCAUCUGCAACAAGUUCAUCCAGACGAGUGCUGUCACUUGUCUGCUGUGGCCUGCAGAAUACAUCAUUGUCUUUGGACUGGCUGAAGGCAAGGUUCGCUUAGCAAAUACUAAAACUAACAAGUCAUCUACUAUCUAUGGGACAGAUUCUUACGUGGUAGCACUGACAACCAACUGCUCUGGGAAAGGGAUACUCUCAGGUCACGCAGAUGGCACCAUCGUCAGAUACUUCUUUGAUGAUGAAGGCUCUGGAGAGUCACAGGGGAAGUUGGUUAACCAUCCAUGCCCACCCUAUGCCUUGGCCUGGGCCACCAACAGCAUUGUGGCUGCUGGCUGUGAUCGGAGGAUUGUGGCCUAUGGAAAGGAAGGCCAUGUGCUACAGACUUUCGACUAUAGCCGUGACCCUCAGGAGCGGGAGUUCACCACAGCUGCUGCAAGCCCUGGAGGCCAGUCUGUCGUGCUGGGAAGUUAUGACAGACUUCGGGUGUUCAACUGGAGUCCUCGAAGAAGCAUCUGGGAAGAGGCGAAACCCAAGGAGAUUGCAAACUUAUACACUGUCACUGCCUUGGCCUGGAAGCGGGAUGGCUCACGACUCUGUGCGGGAACACUCUGUGGUGGGGUGGAACAGUUUGACUGCUGCCUCCGAAGGAGCAUUUACAAGAACAAGUUCGAGCUGACGUAUGUGGGCCCUAGCCAGGUGAUUGUGAAGAACCUGUCUUCAGGGACCAGGGUUGUGCUCAAGUCACACUAUGGCUAUGAAGUAGAAGAGGUGAAAAUCCUGGGAAAGGAACGUUACUUAGUGGCUCACACAUCAGACACGCUGCUGCUGGGAGACCUGAACACCAACCGCCUCAGUGAGAUAGCCUGGCAGGGAUCUGGUGGCAAUGAGAAAUAUUUCUUCGAAAAUGAGAAUGUAUGCAUGAUCUUCAAUGCUGGAGAGCUGACCCUGGUAGAAUAUGGGAGUAACGACUCCCUGGGUUCUGUGCGCACUGAAUUCAUGAACCCUCACCUCAUCAGCGUCCGUAUCAAUGAGCGCUGCCAGCGAGGAAUGGAAGAUAAUAAGAAAUUGGCUUAUCUUGUUGACAUUAAGACGAUCGCUAUAGUGGAUCUGAUUGGUGGCUACAACAUUGGUACUAUCAGUCAUGAAAGCCGUGUGGAUUGGCUGGAACUUAAUGAGACUGGACACAAGCUUCUCUUCAGAGACCGGAAACUUCGUCUGCAUCUAUACGACAUUGAAAGCUGCUCUAAGACAAUGAUCCUCAACUUCUGCUCCUACGUGCAGUGGGUUCCGGGGAGUGAUGUGCUGGUAGCUCAGAACCGAAACAGCUUAUGUGUAUGGUACAAUAUUGAGGCCCCUGAGAGAGUCACCAUGUCCUCUAUCAGGGGUGAUGUUGUCGGUCUGGAACGAGGUGGUGGGAAGACAGAGGUCAUGGUGACGGAAGGCGUGACUACUGUGGCCUACACCCUGGACGAGGGCCUGAUUGAGUUUGGAACAGCCAUCGAUGAUGGCAACUAUACCCGGGCUACAGCCUUCUUGGAGACCCUGGAGAUGACCCCGGAAACAGAGGCAAUGUGGAAAACCUUGAGCAAACUGGCCCUGGAGGCAAGGCAGCUUCACACUGCUGAGAGGUGCUUCUCUGCUUUGGGUCACGUGGCCAAAGCUCGGUUCCUGCAUGAGACCAAUGAGAUUGCAGAUCAGGUGUCCAGGGAAUAUGGAGGAGAAGGAACAGACUUCUAUCAAGUCCGAGCUCGUCUGGCCAUGCUGGAGAAGAACUACAAACUGGCUGAAAUGAUCUUCUUGGAACAGAAUGCUGUUGAAGAGGCCAUGGACAUGUACCAGGAGCUGCACCGCUGGGAUGAGUGCAUUGCUGUGGCUGAGGCCAAGGGACACCCAGCCCUGGAGAAGCUACGCAGAGAUUACUAUCAGUGGUUAAUGGACACACAGCAAGAGGAACGAGCAGGUGAACUGCAGGAGAGCCAAGGGGACGGGCUGGCAGCCAUCAGCCUCUACCUCAAAGCUGGGCUCCCCGCCAAAGCUGCACGGCUGGUGCUGACUCGAGAGGAGCUUUUGGCCAACACAGAGCUGGUAGAGCAUAUCACCACAGCCCUCAUCAAGGGAGAGCUCUAUGAAAGGGCAGGUGAUCUCUUUGAGAAGAUUCGAAAUCCACAGCGGGCCCUUGAGUGCUACUGUAAAGGCAAUGCCUUCAUGAAAGCGGUUGAGCUGGCUCGACUGGCCUUCCCAGUGGAGGUGGUGAGGCUAGAGGAGGCCUGGGGGGACCACUUGGUACAGCAAAAGCAGCUGGAUGCGGCCAUCAACCACUAUAUUGAAGCCAGGUGCUCCAUUAAAGCAAUUGAGGCUGCUCUGGGUGCCCGCCAGUGGAAGAAGGCAAUUUAUAUAUUAGAUCUCCAGGAUCGAAACACUGCAUCUAAAUACUAUCCUCGUGUGGCCCAACACUAUGCGUCUCUGCAGGAGUAUGAGAUUGCUGAGGAGCUCUACACCAAAGGAGACCGGACCAAAGAUGCUAUAGACAUGUACACCCAGGCUGGCCGCUGGGAGCAAGCCCACAAGCUGGCCAUGAAAUGCAUGCGACCAGAAGACGUGUCAGUGCUUUACAUCACACAGGCCCAGGAGAUGGAGAAGCAGGGCAAGUACCGAGAGGCCGAGAGGCUGUAUGUGACAGUGGAAGAGCCUGAUCUUGCCAUCACCAUGUUCAAAAAGCACAAGUUGUAUGAUGACAUGAUUCGCCUGGUGGGGAAGCACCAUGCAGACCUCCUCAGCGACACACACCUUCACCUGGGCAAGGAGCUGGAAGCAGAAGGCCGUCUGCAAGAGGCUGAGUAUCACUACCUUGAGGCCCAGGAAUGGAAGGCAACUGUGAACAUGUACCGGUCCAGCGGGCUUUGGGAGGAGGCCUACCGGGUGGCCAAAGCCCACGGAGGAACCAAUGCCCACAAACACGUGGCCUAUCUGUGGGCGAAGAGCCUGGGAGGAGAGGCUGCAGUUAGACUGCUUAACAAGCUGGGACUUCUAGAGGCUGCCAUUGACCAUGCUGCUGACAACUGCUCCUUUGAGUUUGCCUUUGAACUCUCUCGGCUAGCCCUCAAGCACAAAACCCCGGAGAUUCAUCUCAGAUACGCCAUGUACCUGGAAGAUGAGGGCAAAUUUGAAGAGGCUGAAGCUGAAUUCAUUCGGGCUGGUAAACCCAAAGAGGCGGUCCUCAUGUUUGUCCACAACCAGGACUGGGAGGCAGCUCAGCGUGUGGCUGAGGCCCACGAUCCUGACAGUGUUGCUGAGGUACUUGUAGGUCAGGCCCGUGGGGCCUUGGAGGAGAAGGACUUUCAAAAGGCAGAAGGGUUACUACUUCGGGCCCAGAGACCAGGCCUGGCUCUCAAUUAUUAUAAGGAGGCUGGACUCUGGAGCGACGCUCUGAGGAUCUGCAAGGACUAUGUGCCUGGCCAGCUAGAGGCCCUACAGGAAGAGUAUGAGCGAGAAGCUACCAAGAAGGGAGGCAGAGGGGUGGAGGGACUUGUAGAACAAGCACGGCAGUGGGAACAGGCUGGAGAGUAUAGCCGUGCAGUGGACUGCUACCUCAAAGUUCGAGACUCAGGAAGCAGUGGCCUGAUGGAGAAGUGCUGGAUGAAGGCGGCUGAACUGUCCAUCAAGUUCCUGCCUCCCCAGCGCAGUCUGGAAGUAGUUCGGGUUGUAGGGCCCCAGCUGAUUGGAAUUGGAAAGCACAGUGCUGCUGCAGAACUCUAUCUGAACCUGGACCUUGUCAAAGAAGCAAUCGAUGCUUUCAUUGAGGGUGAAGAGUGGAACAAGGCCAAGCGGGUGGCCAAAGAGCUAGAUCCCCGGUAUGAAGACUAUGUGGAUCAGCACUAUAAAGAGUUCCUCAAGAACCAGGGCAAAGUGGACUCGCUAGUGGGUGUGGACGUAGUAGCUGCCUUGGACCUGUAUGUGGAGCAGGGCCAGUGGGAUAAAUGCAUUGAAACAGCUACCAAGCAGAACUACAAGAUUCUGCACAAGUAUGUGGCUUUGUAUGCAACUCAUCUGAUCCGAGAAGGUGGCUAUGCCCAGGCACUGGCCCUCUACGUGCAACACGGAGCCCCUGCUAACCCACAGAAUUUCAACAUCUACAAGAGGAUCUUCACUGACAUGGUUAGCUCUCCAGGGACCAACAAUGCUGAGGCCUAUCAUAGCUGGGCUGAUCUUCGGGAUGUCCUCUUCAACCUGUGUGAAAACCUGGUGAAGUCCAGUGAGGCAAACUCCGCAGCUCAUGAGGAAUUUGAGAUGAUGCUGCUGAUUGCUCAUUACUACGCUACACGAUCUGCAGCCCAGAGUAUCAAACAGCUGGAAACUGUAGCUGCCAGGCUUUCUGUUUCCCUCUUGCGCCACACCCAGCUCCUACCUGCAGACAAGGCCUUUUAUGAAGCCGGCACUGCUGCCAAGGAAGUUGGCUGGGAGAACAUGGCUUUCAUUUUCCUCAACCGAUUUCUGGAUCUGACUGAUGCAAUCGAAGAAGGGACCCUGGAUGCCCUGGACCACUCGGAUUUUCAGGAUACAGACAUUCCCUUUGAGGUGCCACUCCCAGCCAAGCAACAUGUCCCGGAGGCCCAGAGAGAGGAGGUUCGAGACUGGGUGCUCACAGUCUCGAUGGACCAGCGGCUGGAGCAGGUUCUGCCCCGGGACGAGCGUGGUGUCUAUGAGGCUUCCCUAGUAGCAGCGAGCACUGGAGUCCGGGCACUGCCCUGCCUCAUUACAGGUUACCCCAUUUUGAGGAACAAAAUUGAAUUUAAACGGCCUGGGAAGGCUGCUAACAAAGACAACUGGAACAAGUUUCUUAUGGCCAUCAAGACCUCUCACAGCCCAGUGUGCCAGGAUGUGCUCAAAUUCAUCAGCCAGUGGUGUGGCGGGCUCCCCAGCACCAGCUUUUCCUUUCAGUGACUGGUGCAGCCGAGAAGUUUCGGUCUGUUCCCCAUUAAAGUUCUUCUUGGGCGAAGAAGGUUCCUGGAUGCCAAGAGGGCCACAAGUCCCACGGAAACGCUCUGCGGAAGCAACAUGCCUGUGGCUUACUGGCUCUCAGCGCCCAGCCCAACCCGCCUUGCCUGUCCACCCUCCGCGACGCUCACCAGUAGUCCUGAACCCACAGAAAUGACAUUGGCUGUGGUGUACUCAGUAGUGACCGCGCCACGGGGGUUGGCUACGUGCCGCAGGACAGUACCGUGCAACACAGCUCCCACCAGAAGGUUCACGUGGCCCACGAGGAUCAGCGCGAGUCCCACACGCAUCAGCCGCCUGGGCCCUCGGGCGGCAUCUGCAAAGUAGGGGGAGGGGCAGCCUUGCAGAGCGGGGCCACGGGCCCAGCCUCGGCCUGUGGGACCACAGGUGCGGAUGAAAGCCGUACAACUUACCGAAAGCGCAGACGCGACAGCACCUCAUCGUGGCCGCUCUGCCCCCUCCGCCCAUGGACUCUACCUGGACCUGGCUUCGCCGGGACGCCGACCAGAGAGCGCGGCUUCCGCGCCGCCGCAGGCAGCUCCACCUGGGCCCGCCCCGCCCCUGACCAAAGGCCGGCCUCCAAGAGACCGCCCUACCUGGACCCGCCCCGCCCCCACCGGAGCGGCUGCGCCACCCACUGAACCGCAAGCACAACACAAGAUGCUUUAGCAAAAAGUAUACUUUAUUACAGCAGCAACUGAGGCGAUUCGAAUGGCCCCCCGGGGCCACCCCUGCAGCACCACCUUUCUCUCCCGCCCAUGCGCCCCAGCGGGAUUGUAGAACUCAGCUCCCCCAGUGCCCAUGGGCCUCCUGUCCACACAGGUAGGGCAGGAGCCAGCAGGUCAGCUACUAGCCCCCAGCUAGAAGGUGGCUGUUGAGAAGGCCCAGGCCCACGUCUGUGCAAAACAAGUAAACAAAGUGCAGAGGGGAGGAAGAGAAGGGAAGGGGCAGGAUGAUACUCAGCCAGGGAGCCCCUAAAGCCCUCCUGAAUAAUACGGGUGAGAAGGGUAAUACUGACUGGGGAGAGGGGACAGGAGGACUGCAGCAUGCCCAGGGACAGCCACAGCUUGGCUAGGGGCCUGGCUCAAGUGAGCUCUAUGAGGAGACGGUGACAGCGGCUGAGUUGAGUGUGCUGUUCCUGGCAAAGUUGAACUUGUUGAGCGUCUCCUCCAGCAGAGAAGUCAGGCGGCUCUGAUCAGCCUGGGGAAGAAGCUCAGUGAGGCAGGGCUGAGAGAAGACAGGGAGGCACCCAGAACAGAAGGCAGGACCCUUACCUCACUAAUGAAGCCCAGCUGCACCAGCUCAGCUGCCAAGUCUGGUAUGUUCUCAUCUGACAGAAAAAGGGGGGAAGGGUGCGCUUGAGUACAAUCUGGGAGGAUCAGAAGCCCUGUAAAACUGUCCCUGUCCCUGGCAUGUCCUCUCAAAGGAUAAGGCUCACAGAUCCUCCCUCCUCCAAAGAAAGGAGACACUCACUUGGCAUCAGGUCACAGCUCAGGUGCCGGUUCAGUUUGUCCUCCAGCUUCAGCAAAAGUGUUAGCUAGAAAAAGGACAAUCAGAAUGAGGCUCCUCCUCCCCAGCAGGCUGUGUGGUCAGCCCUGUGAAGCCCACCGUGAGCUUACGUGGUGUUUGACUCCCUCCUCCACAGAUUCGAUGUUGCACUGCAUCAGCACCACCUGAACAAGACAAACAUGGAGGACGGUCUAGAGACUGCUCAGUAACACCAACACCUGAGAUUUUCCAGCCCACAGAAGAAAACGGUGGCCAGCAGGCAGAAAUACAUUCCAUACAGGACAAUGCCUUGGCUAAGAUGUCUCUACCCCCAUGGCCAGAAAUACAGUGCCACCAGAGUCCCCACCUUUCGUGUCUCCACUUCAGCUGGCUCAGGAGUUGGAAUUUUGACAGAGGGGGGCACAACAGGCGAUGUCACCUCCUCCUGCUGUGGCUGCUGAGGCCGAGGCAGCCCAAAGGCUGUCAAAGGGUAGAUCCCAUUCCUGAUGGGAGAUGACACAAGUCACCUGGACUCUGUAAAAGCUUCAAGACACCUGUCCCUACUUCCUCCCAGAAGCCUGCCCUCCCUCUCUUACCUGACAUCUUCAAGGAAUUUGUCUAAUUCCAGGGCUGGUGACUGAGAGUACCUGGAAGAAAAAGUAAGCAGCAUGAGACUCACUCUACAGAGCCUUGGGGGGCAGUGACCAGUCUAUCCCUUUCAGACCCUCAGCUGCUUACUCACAAAGUCUGAACUGGUUCUCGUCCUGGCCCUGCAGGGAUCUCAGCUAGUACAGCACUGGUAUCCAUGUUUUUGGUGAUCUCCUCUAGAGCGUUCUCUGGGAUCAUGUCUGGUGGUAUAAUGGGGUGGAGUAUUAUGUAAGACAGACUUGUUUCACACUAGGCAGAGAGGACAGGGCAAAGAAUCUCUUUGAAAACAGAAAACUAAAGACACCAAGCCAGUGAUGGAGGCCCCACGCUGGAUGAAAACUCCUAAUAAUCUUUGUAUAGCAUGGAUUCAGUCCCAGGACCAAUUCCUAGUACUGUCUAGGGGACUCACGUUGGUGUCCCACAAUACAGUGAGCAGCAAGAAGUUUGAGUGAGGGCACUUCAAACAGUGCUGGGUGGAACAGAAGUUCUCGGGCUGUUGGUCUCUGAGCAGGCUCAGACUGCAGGCACUUUUGAAUAAACUCCUGUAGGAGAACAAGAAACUGGAACAGGCAUCUGGCAAGACUAUUACAUCUGUGUAACUUUCAUUAGAUUUAGCAAAGUGUUUCCUACAUGCUUGGAAUUCAAACUUAUUGGGGAAACAUUGAUGCAUUUCCUGAUAGGGCUUUAUAUCUAUAUGGUAAUGUAUAAACUUAUCUUAA